CUCGAAGGUCCAUGUGUUUUGCAAAUUCAAAAAGUUCGCAAUGUUGCUGCACCAAAGGAUAACGAAGAAUCUCAGGCUGCACCAAGGAUGCUGCGAUUGCAGAUGACUGAUGGUCAUAUAAGUUGCACAGCAGUAGAAUUUAGUUACAUGUCAAAAAUAAGCCUGAACACACCACCUGGAACUAAAGUUAAGCUCUCAGGCAUUGUUGACAUAAAAAAUGGAUUCCUGCUCUUGAAUGACUCUAACACCACAGUUCUUGGUGGUGAAGUGGAACACCUUAUUGAGAAAUGGGAGUUACAGAGAAGCUUAUCAAAACACAAUAGAAGCAAUAUUGGAACUGAAGGUGGACCACCUCCUUUUAUGCCUUUUGGACAGAAGUGUGUAUCUCAUGUCCAAGUGGAUAGCAGAGAACUUGAUCGAAGAAAAACAUUGCAAGUUACAAUGCCUAUCAAACCUACAAAUGAUAAUGAUGAAUUUGAAAAGCAAAGGACGGCUGCUAUUGCUGAAGUUGCAAAGAGCAAAGAAACCAAGACAUUUGGAGGAGGUGGUGGUGGUGCCAGAAGUAAUCUCAAUAUGAAUGCUGCUGGUAACCGAAAUAGGGAAGUUUCACAGAAAGAAAAGUCAACCAAAUCAGAGGGAAAACAUGAUGGUGUCUAUAGAGAACUG